AUGAGAACCACAUCCAACUCCCGUAACGGACCGCAUGGCAUGCCCUCUGCAAGUCUCGUCAAGGCUCAGGGCUUCCGCACUGACAUCAUGAAUUCGCUCAAGUCUACCCCGCCAAAUUCUCGCGUUAAAGAGAAAUGCAACUAUGAAGGCUGUGAUUACGAACACACUUACGAGAGGGACGUUUUUGCCCAUUUCCUCAGCGUGCACGUCUCCGAGCCUGUGUUCGUCUGCGUGCAUAUGAUACAGGACAAGCACGGGCGGAAAAUCCAGUGCGGUAAGGCGUACCGCCGGGAGAAGAGUCUAUUACAGCAUCUGAACGAGAACCACCAUACGACCCACGAUGACGACGAACUUCAGGAAAAGACGACAGCGGAAACGCUCAGGCGUAUCCGUUUGCAAUACCCCAACAUUGUACGCCACAAGUCCGAAAAGCCGCUGUACGACCUUAUUCGUGGAGUGGUCAGCAUACCGCCUGCCACCACUCAUACCCAGCACUUCGAACGCCUUGCAGAACCCCAGCAGACCAACGUCCGCCACGAGACGCAACAGCCUACCAUCGCGCAUUAUCCGACUACUACCGUCGCGGUCCCGGCACAUAUGCAUCCUGGCCACCCAUUCGCUCCCUCGGCAUCAUCGGCUCGGGUGGCAGCGCCGGCCCCAGCGCCCAGCUUUCACGCGGUUGCAAACCUCCAAUAUUAUUGGGAAGAGAGGCCCACGCUUGUACCCCUGGACAAGCUAGAGGAGGCUUAUUAUCGACUGUAUGGAGAGUACAGGGGGGCUCCGAGUCGGAGAUAG